AUGGACCUGCCCGCCCUCGCCAUCCUCCCCACGCUGCCGCAGGACGCCCGGCUGCGGGUGCUGGACACCCUCUUCGAGCCCUCGCCCGAACUGCACCAAUUGAUGCUGCCGGUGCUGGCCACGCCCUUCCCCUCGUACCCCGCGCUUAUCGACGCCGUUGGCAGUCGCAUGUCCGCCCUCGCCACCCCCGGCUCUUCUGACCGGAAUGUGCUGUUCGGCAUCCUGGGCUCGCACCCUCGGCUCGGUCGGCCCGCCGCCAACCCCGAGCAUCUCAGCGAGUUGAGCAAGAAGGAACAGGCCCAGCUGCAGGUCGGCGCCGAGGAGCAGGCCGAAAAACUGCGCGCGCUGAAUGCCGAGUAUGAGGCGCGAUUCCCCGGACUGCGUUUUGUCUCCUUUGUCAACGGCCGCAGUCGCGAGGUGAUCAUGGUGGAAAUGCGCCAGCGCAUUGACCGGGGCGACAUUGAGCGCGAGAUCCAAGAGACCAUCCAGGCGAUGUGCGAUAUUGCAAAGGACCGGGCCCGCAAACUUCAGGCGCGCAUUUAG